AGGUUCGCUCUAUCGCGAUCAAUCCCCAAUCAGCUGUCGCUGUGAGCAAGGAGGUUGCUCCAGCGCUUUGCAGCGUGCUUCGACGCCAAAAGGACGGCAUUCUGCUGUCUUGGUCAUUGAUGGCUUUGAUCCGUUUGGCACAGCAUCCUGAAACGCACCCCACUCUGCGGAGGGCCGGCGCAGCUCCAUCUCUAUCGCUCUUUACCCGGCCCAACCAUAGGGGCAGGGUGGCAGUCAGACACGACCUGCUGGCAUCGAUGGGUCUUGCAUUUCUCAGCAGUUCCUCUUCAGUGGAAAUCCGUCAAGAAGCUUGUGCGCUGGUGCCCUUGAGAACAAUCCCUGAGCUGGUACAGCUGUUACGGCAAAGGCUGCAGCUCAGUGCAGAAGAGGUUGUUGCCAAAAAGGUCUUUUGCGGAAUGCCGGUGGAUUACAGGCCUCGCUUCGCUGCUCAAUCGCUGACUCUAUUGUGCGAGGCUUCUGCGGCUCAUUCUGCAAUUGCUUGGCAGUCUCCUCUGCCGAGAUUGCUGUGCCAAAUUCUUGGAGGUGAGCUGCCCAAUGAUGCCGCCGCUAACCUGCCCUUUGGCAGUCCUGAUGUUGUUGAGAUGUCCAGCAGGUGCCGGACAGCUUUGCUUUUUCAUGCCAAGAAGCGCAACAUCGCACCUCCAGAGGCGCUAGCUGCCCUUGAACGGGCACCAGCCGCUCCAAAGGGAACCUUCGCAGAGCGAGAGGAAGCAAAUUCCAAAGCAUCCCAAAGACCAAAGAGCAAGUUGUGAGUUCAAAAACGGUCCGCAC